CAGAUUUCGCCUAUCCAAAUCCCAACCCGAAAAUGGCAGGAAAUCGCAGCUACCAGGACUUUGAGCCCGUGACAGAAUGGAAACGUGGAAAUGAAAGCGACACACUCCUCCUAUACCUGCCUGAGUUCAAAAAAGAUCAGCUGAGAGUUCAAAUCAGUAGUUCUGGAACAUUGAGGAUUAGUGGAGAGCGUCCUAUUGGAGGAAACAAAUGGACCCGGUUCACUAAAGAAUUGUCUGCCUCCUCUAACUGCGACACCAAUAAACUAACCGCAAAGUUUCAAGCUGGAAUACUCUCUGUAAGGCAACCGAAAAGAAUCACUCCAACUGAGAAUAAACCAACUGCUGGAAGUAGCGAGCCAAAGCCCAAACAAGAUCAACCGCAACCACCACAGCAGACGACCCCAACAGAGCUGCAUAAAGUUGGUCAACCAAAACCUCAGAAAGCAAGCCAAGAAACUGCUCAAUCCGCAAAAAACCAAAGUGAUGAACCAUUAAAACAAGAAACUGCCAAAAUUAACACUAGUUUGGAAAAGGAUAAAGAGCCCAGAAUUACUUUUGGGGAUUUGGCAAAGAAAGAAACGGAUGCUGACAAGGUUCAAGAAACGAGUGGUGCUAAAGAAGAGAAUGGUAAGGAAAACGAGAAAGCUGGAAAGAACAAAAACAGAGACGACGAAGUUGCUGAGAAUGGGAAUAAGAAGAGCUUGGUUAACCUUGGGAAUCAGAAUAGAUGGAUAAGCCUGGUUCUGGUUGUUCUAUUUUCUAUCUUGGUUGGGCUUUAUCUUAAGAAUGGCAAGUUCUUUGAAGGGUUUGAAAAUUAACAAAACUGACCCGACACAGAUGUAAAAGUAUUUUCAUUCUUUCAAUGAAAGACGACCACAAUAAUAAUAAUAAUAAUAAUAAUAAUGUAAAUGUAAUUCAUUGUUAUUUGUGUAAUAAACAUGCUGCCAAUUUUCAUUUAAGGAUAUUGGUAGCUUGAUUGAUUAUGCAGG